AGUGAAAUUAAACCAAAAUCUCAUAUCCACUCCCCAAACACUCCUUCAUAGUUCGUACUGUCAUCCCCGAAAAGCCCCCAUGAAAUCGAUGAAUUUCCAUUAAUACCCUCAAUUUUCCCCCUUCUUUUGUCCUCCCACUCAAUGAGUCCUAGUUUAUUUUGAAACCAUUACUGCAACAAAACACACAGCGCAGCGUGUUUUUGUGUGUGUUGAACGGCAUAACCAUGGACGGUGGCGCGCAUAACAAUCCCCGCACGGUGGAGGAGGUUUUCAGAGAUUUCAAGGGCAGACGUAAUGGCUUGAUCAAAGCUCUCACCACUGACGUUGAAGAUUUUUUUCAGCGGUGCGAUCCUGAGAAGGAAAAUCUAUGCCUUUAUGGGCUUCCGAGCGAGAAGUGGGAGGUUAAUUUGCCUGCUGAGGAAGUGCCGCCUGAGCUGCCUGAACCCGCUUUAGGUAUAAACUUUGCCAGAGAUGGGAUGCAAGAAAAGGACUGGUUGGCUCUUGUUGCUGUUCACAGUGAUGCGUGGCUACUCUCUGUUGCUUUCUACUUCGGUUCUAGAUUUGGCUUUGAUAAAGCUGACAGGAAACGCUUGUUCAAUAUGAUCAAUGAUCUCCCUACUAUUUUUGAAGUUGUGACUGGAGCUGCAAAGAAGCAAUUGAAGGAUAAAUCAUCUAUCACAAACCACAGCACCAACAAACCCAAGUCAAACUCAAAACUGGAAAAAAUUCCCAAGCCCCCAGCAAAGGAAGUGGAUGAGGGAUUGGACGAAGAAGAAGCUCAAGAAGAAGGCGAAGAAGAGGAAGAAGAAGAAGAAGAAGAAGACGAGCAUGGAGACACCUUAUGUGGAGCAUGUGGCGAAAAUUAUGCAUCGGACGAAUUCUGGAUUUGCUGUGACAUAUGCGAGAGAUGGUUCCAUGGUAAAUGCGUUAAGAUCACUCCUGCUAGAGCCGAGCACAUCAAACACUACAAAUGCCCGUCUUGUAGUAACAAAAGAGCACGCCCUUAAUCGCUUCCCCUAAUUACCUGCUACUUGCAAUUGUGCUUCUCAUUGGCUGCAGCUUAUAAGUUAUAACUCAUGUUUCUCAUUGGCUGCAGCUUAUAAGUUAUAACUCACCCCCAUCUAGUUGCUCCUAGUCCCACCCUUGUGUCUUAAUUUACCAGAAUUAUUUAGCUACUUUUACUUGUGCCAUUUUUUAGACGUAAAAUUGUUUGUUUUUAGGGAAUUUUUUUUAAAACUCUUGUAAGAUCAUCCUUAACAUUUACUUUUACCCAGUUUACCGUUAAUCGUGUCUGUUUAAAAAUUUAACAUUCGUUGACUCUUUGACUUUCAAUCCCCCUCACACCCUUUUGUGCUUUAAUAGAUACAGAAUUGCACAUUCUUUA